GGUCAUUCAUUAUGAAAAAGAUGAGAGAGAGAGAGAGAGAGGGAAAAAAGGGAAAAUAAUAAAAAAAUGCUGGGGAAAAUAUAAAUCCCGUGCUUUUCAAUCUCUCUGUUUUUGAAGCUCAGGAAUAUAUUUCUUUUCUUCCUCUUUUACUUACAGAAAAAAAAAAAAUAUGCCAAGCACUUUGGUAGCCAUUAUCGAGGGAGCGUGUAGUCCUGCGCGUUAUGAACCUGAACUAGGUCUCAAUCUCGAGAUUUGUGAAAUGAUUAACAAGAAACAAGGCAGUGCUCCAAGAGAAGCUGCAUCGACUAUUGUUAAACUCGUGAACAGUAAAAACCUAAACCAAGCCAUGUUGGCUCUCACGUUACUGGAUAACUGUGUAAAGAAUUGCGGUUACCCUUUUCAUCUUCAAAUUGCCUCCAAAGAAUUCUUGAAUGAGUUGGUUCGCAAAUUCCCGGAACGUCCUGCUCCAUUUCCUAGUCCUGUAGUGCAGCGUAUUCUUUACUUGAUUAAGGAAUGGAAAGUGGCAUUGACAGAUAUGUCGAGACAUAAAGACGACCUUGUUCAUAUCAAGGAUAUGUAUCGUCUGCUGAGAUUCAAAGGUUAUCGUUUCCCUGAAUUACGAGAUUCCUCUGUGGCUGCAUUAGCUCCUUCUGACUCAUUAAAAUCUGCUCAUGAAUUAGAAGAAGAAGAUCGUGUUGCGCAAUCCGCUAAAUUACAAGAAUUAAUUCGUCGUGGCAGACCCCAAGAUUUAGUUGAAGCCAAUCGAUUAAUGAAAAUCAUGUCUGGAUUCGAUACGAGACAGACACCCGAUUACAGUCAGAAGUUUGAGGAUGAACUUCACAAGGUACAGGAUAAAGCCAUCUUGUUGUAUGAAAUGUUAGAGUCCGUGCGACCGGGAGAUAAUAUAGAGCGUAAUGAGACCAUCACCGAUUUGAAAAGCGCAUGUGCUAGUGCUCAACCUAAAAUCCAAAAGAUGAUUACAGAGGAAGAGGACAAUGACAAGAUUGAAAACUUGCUGACGUUGAAUGACAUGAUUAAUAACGUGGUGGCUAAAUACGCCGAUGUGAAAAAGGGAUUGUACGAUACGCACUAUGAGAUUAGUGGAAAACCACCUACUCAAAAUACGACAGAAGAACCUAGACAGGCGAUUAGUUUAAUUGACUUGGAUGACAGUGCUCCAUCACCUGUAGCACAACCCAAUACAGCCAAUGUCAUGAAUGAUUUAUCUGAUAUUUUUGGUACGAGUGCUUCCAUUUCUUCACCUCCUGCUCCAUCACCACCUCAAAAGAAACAAGACAUUUUUGAUUUGUUAGGCGCUCCUCCCGCACAGACAGUGAGUAAAUCCAGUCCUGUAAUUGCUUCACCUUCUCUUCAUAAUACCACCACACCUACCUUUAAGAGUGCACCUUCUCCCGUUGUGAGUCAACAAGGAGAGACAGUGGUGUUGGUGAAUAAGAAUGGGUUAGUGAUUGAAUUGUAUAUUCAACCCAUGGCAGAUACCACCUGUCGUAUCAAGGCGUACUUUUCUAACCAGUCCACAGCCCCCAUGGACAAACUGAUGCUGCGCUUAGCUGCACCUAAGUCAAUGCAGAUAAAGAUGGAGCCUCAGUCAUCUCAAUGCAUCCCACCUAAAUCGGACAAAUCAGUUACGCAAGAUAUUAUUUUAAACAAUCCUCAACGUGAAUCCUUGCGUCUAAGAUACAAAGUCUCCUAUGAACAGUUUGGUGUAGAAAUGGAAUUAACGGGUGAUUAUCAUGCUUAAAGAAAAAAAAAAUAAAAGUAGA